AAUAUUACAGAUGAUGAUGAUGAUGAUAAACAGAGUUGCCAGCCCUCUCAUGUUGGCCUAGCCCUGGAGUCUCCAGGAAUGCACACACUUAUCUUCAGGAUAAAUGGGAGCAAUCCUGGAAAUGUUCAUGGCUUGAAGUUGUGAAAAACAUUGGUGGGAGAUUAUCCGGGUUUCCAGGCAGAGCUGGCAAUCCUAAUCCUAAAGGGGGUUUACAGCAUAAUGGAGACACUAUCAACAGCCACUGGGAGGCAUGCCAUGCUACACUGAAAAGGGAUAGUGGUUCUCCCUUUGCUGAAUAUAACAGGGACAUCACUUUAAAAGGUCUUUUUGUCCUGUUAGCAGAGGUUGAACUUGCUGCACAGUCCUAAGCAUGUUUACCAGGGAGUAAGCCCCAUUAAGCUCAGUGGGGCUGGAUUUUAGUAAACGUGCACUGGAGCACGCUUAUUGUGGUAUUAGCUUUCAUGGGCUUAUGAAGUGGGCUUUCUGAAUGCUUCCGUCACAACAAUAAGGCUGUUAACCUUUAAGGUGGCACAAGACUCAUCUGGCCUGAUCCAGUGAGUGCUUACUCUAAAGUAAGUCCCUGAGUUCUAAGUUGGGGUGCAUUGGAUUGCAGCUUUUAGUCUGUUAACCACAAUUAUAGCCAAGAGUCUUGUGGCACCUUAAAGAUGAACAGACUUAUUGUGGUCGCAGCAGCUUUUGUGGACUAGAGCCCACUUCAUCAGCCUGUGAAAGCUUCUGCCAGUAUAAAUCCCUUAAUCUUUAAGAUGCCACAAGGCUCUUUGUUGUUUUAUGGUAUGUGUAAGUGCAGAAGCUGACGCUGGGGGAGGUUCUCUUAAGGCAGUGAGACUUCUGUGGAGCUGUUUGAAACAGGUUGUAAAGCUGAGGCAGCAGCAUGCGAAUCUAGGUUGUUGGAGACUGCUUGGGAGGGCAAGGAGGAGAAAGCAGCAGGGAGGGGACUGAUCCCAAUGUGUGUGUAAGAGGAAGGGAGGCUUCGAGACGUUGGAUAGGAGUGAAAUUGGGUAUAUAGGUUGCGCUGUGUCCUUAGAUCUAAAUUGAGGGAGGAGCCAUUGGUGGCGGCGCACAGACCUGAAGGGUUUUGCAGGAGAUCUGCUCAGGCAGGAGAGGAGUGCUUGUGAGAAUCAGCAGUGUUUGUACAUUUUCCCACAGGAGGUGUCGCAGCAGCAGGGUCUCCACCAUGCCUGGGAUGGUGAUGUUUGGGAGGCGCUGGGCCAUAGGCAGUGAUGAUUUUGUCUUCCCGGGAGCCUUUGAACUCUUCAUCAGGGUGAUCUGGUGGAUUGGAAUUCUGGUCUUGUAUUCUGUGCACAAAGGACAGUUUAACUGUGCCGGAGGAGGGCUGUUGCAUAGCUACCUCCUCGUCCUCCUCAUUCUCCUCGCAGCCAUCAUAUGUGCUUUAUCUUCCAUAUUGUACAUCAGCAUGCAGGGAACCAUUUCUAACCCUGGGCCAAGGAAAUCUCUUCCUAAAUUGCUGUACCUGCGUCUGGCCCUCUACUUGCCGGAACUGGUCUGGGCUGUUGUGGGAGUGAUAUGGGUGUCCGAUAGCAGCGUAUCUUGUGAAAGGACUAUGAUAAAUGCCGUAUUUGGAACAGUCAUUGCCAGCUGGGUGAUCAUUGUCUUCACUGUUGCGGCCGUUGUCAUUGUGUUUGAUCCACUUGGCGGGAAAAAGACGCUGUAUGUUGCCAGUUGUGGCAACCGCAACAUGGAGAGCAGCCAGUCCGGCCAGCUGUUCUACAAUGUCAGGAAGACGGCGACUCGCGUGUGGGAGAAAAGGAUCCGCUUGCUGUGUUGUUGCAUCGUCCAAGACGACGACCACCGAGUGGCUUUUACAAGCAUCGCUGAGCUUUUCCGUGCCUACUUCUCAGACACUGACCUGGUGCCUAGUGAUGUAGCAGCAGGUCUGACUCUGCUCCACCAAGAGCAAGACAAGGUUGAGAAUUGCCCAAAGGAGCCAGAGGAAGUUCUGAUUCAGUCCCCGACUUCUCCCAUGGCUGAUGAUCUGGAUACAGAACUGGAAAAUGCUGCCCACUACAUGAAAUUUGCUGCGGCUGCUUAUGGGUGGCCCUACUACAUAAUGGCGAACCCGUUUACAGCACUCUGUAAGCUUAAAGGUGACUGUUGUAGAAACAGCCCAACAGAGACCGAUAUCAUUGGGGCAGACCGUCUUAACAUGCACUUCGGGUCCAUCUUGAAAAUAACGGGGCUGCAGUACAGAGACUUCAUUCACAUCAGUUUCCACAAUAAAAUCUUUGAGAUCCCCUUCUUUGUUGCAUUGGAUCACAAAAAAGAGGCUAUCGUGGUAGCUGUGAGAGGAACUUUGUCGUUUGAGGAUAUCCUCACGGAUCUCUCCGCAGACACCGAGAACUUAACACUCGAAGAUGUUCUGGAAAAUGGUCUUGUGCACAAGGGGAUAAUCCAGGCUGCCAACUAUAUUUAUGGAAAGCUCAUGAACGAUGGGAUUUUAGACCAAGCCUUCACCACUGCCCCUGAAUAUAAGCUAGUUGUCGUUGGCCACAGCUUAGGGGCGGGAACAGCCUCCAUAUUGGCAGUCAUGCUGAAAAACUCUUUCCCAGCACUAAGGUGUUAUGCCUUUUCUCCACCAGGGGGUUUGUUAAGUAAAUCACUUGCAGACUACACUAAACAGUUUAUUGUGUCAGUUAUUCUUGGAAAGGAUCUUGUUCCACGAUUAAGUAUGCCCAACAUGGAAGACUUGAAGAGAAGGAUCGUUAGGAUAGUUGCCAACUGUAACAGACCCAAGUACCAGAUCCUCCUGCACGGAUGCUGGUAUGAAGUGUUUGGUGGAGAACCUGACAACUUCCCAACUGAACUGGAUGGCAGAAACCAAGAGGCUUUGACCCAGCCUCUUCUAGCUGAAGAGAGCUUAAUGGUCCACCGGUCCCCUUCUUACACUACACUAGAUGAUGACACGCCCUUAAAUUCACCACCCCAGUAUCCUCACCUGUUCUUGCCUGGGAGGAUCAUCCAUAUUGUAGAAGAAAAUAGCACAAGGAGGUGGUGCUCUUCGGAUGUCAAAUAUACUGCCAGCUGGUCAAAAGAAACGGCCUUUGGCACUAUUUUAAUAAGCCCCAAGAUGAUAACUGACCAUAUGCCAGAAAUCCUCCUCAAAGCUCUGAAUAGCUUGGCUCAGGAAAGCGUCUCUUGCCUUUCCUGUCGAGCACAAGGAGACUUCUCCACGAACAUUGUAUAAGCAGAGACCGAGGCAGACAGCAGCAUGUCGACCGUUUUCAAGUGUUCAGGAGAGCAGCCUUUUCGUACUUCAGUAUCUUACAUUAUGCCCAAAAUAUAAGCCAGGGGUGUGGCUUAGUGAUUAUCGGGAGGAAUGAAGAGACCCUUCAUUGUGCAGAGGUUCCUCUCGGUGACUCCGCUUUACCGGGUAAUGAACUGCUUCACCUUAAUAGGAGCCAGUUAUGCGUUUCAACCAGUUCUGUCAAGGGGGCAGCUGGAACAGAGAACCAGUGUAAUGGGAAGGAAGGCAUCAGGGCGCCACGCUUUAUGUCCAGCUCUGCCACUGAUGUCUCGUAGGCCCUCUUGGAAGAAGGCAUGUCACUUCAUGAGGUCUCCGUUUCCUAUAGCAGAGCUGGCUAGAACUCCAGGCUUAGAAAAUACUUGUAAAUUCACAAGUAGUAACAGCUUUGACAAAGGAAGGUAUUAGAACUGAAGACAACUGUACCCCCUAUUGGGUAUGUGAAGACCCCAGAGAGGUAAGGUGGACCUUCACUGCCAACUGUGUUGCACUACUCUUAACUUAGAUCUAUCUGUGGUUUUCUUUCCUGUUGAAGGAAGCUUGCAUUUUAGACACCUUUUGUAGGCUUAAAUGCUGCUUGGAUACAUGUGCAAUACUUGUCUUUUUGUUUACAUUUCUUCAACCCUGCUGAAUGUGCAUUUAACUCUAGAUGGGUUAACAUCCCGAUUUGGUUUUUAAUGAUUAUGACUCCAUGUUGCUCUUUCUUCAGUAGUAGAGUCUUGAACAAUCCAAUCAUUUGGACUGGCUCCAUCAAUGCUUUGUGUAUGUGGUUUUUUUAAAAAGACCUAUCUGUAAUUAUGUAUAGUUAAAUUGAUUGUGUAGCACAGUGUCGGCAAGAUGAAGUUUGUUUAUUCAAUCCACCUUUGCAAUGCCAUUUUUCAAUGACAGCAUUUGUUCAUAUUCCUAGUUUUUAAUCUUAAAUGGAGACCACCACUCAA